CCACACGCAUCUCUUCUUGUCUCUCCCAUCACUGAUUGAAGCUCUUACAGUGUCACCUUCCCAUUCUUUUAUAUCUAGAAAAGAGAAAUACCCCUCCCUCCGUCUUUAUCACAGAGCAUCUUCCCGUUUCUUUUUCUCGAAUUCCAUUUUAAUCUGAUAUUGCCAUCGUCUUAUCGAAAGUUCUGUAGGAGAUUUUAAUUUUUGUUAAUUCGUCGAAUUAAACCCGAAAAUUCUCUAUGGGUCGAAAGAAGCCGACUGCGCGUGAGGACGAUAACCCACCCCCCGUGUCUCAGGGCGGCGGUAAAUCGAAGAAGAAGCAGCUAGUGAUCGAUGAUGAUGAGUACUCAAUUGGUACAGAGUUGUCAGGGGAGGCUGAAGUUCAGGAAGAGCAGGUUAUUGUUACUGGGAAGAAGAAGGGCAAAAAAGGGAAUCAAAAAGUUCCUCAGAAUAAAGAUGAUGACGAUGACGAUGAUAAGGUGGACGUAGAAGAGGAUGAAGAGGCACCAGAGGUUGUCUUUGCUGGGAAGAAGAAGUCAAAAGGAAAGAAGAGUGGAGCUAAUAGUGUCUUUUCUGCAUCAGCGUUUGGGUUACUUGGAGAUGAAGAUAAUGAUGAAGAGAAGGAUGAGUUAAAAGGCGAUAGUGAGGCUGAGGAUGAACCGGUUGUGAGUUUUACGGGGAAGAAAAAAGCAUCAAAGAAGGGUACUAAUAAGAGUGGUGGUAGUUUGUUUAGUGCCGCCGCUUUUGAUGCGCUUGAUGAUGAUGAUGAAGAUGAAGAUAAUGAAGACGAAGGGAAUGAUAAAACUAGCAAUGGUAAUGAUGAUGAGGAUAAGCUAGUUAUUGAGUUUACUGGUAAAAAGAAGCCGUCAAAGGGUGGCAAAAAGAGUGGUGGGAGUGUGUUUACAGCAGCUGCGGCUCUUGACGGUUUAGAUGACCAUGAGGAGGAGAAGAAGGAUGAGGAUGACAGUCUUGAUGCUUUUACUUUCUCAGGCAAGAAGAAGAAGUCAUCCAAGUCGACCAAGAAGGGUGGUAAUAAGUUUAGUGCCUCAUUGCUUGACGAGCAUAAUGAUGAAGAGGCUUCUAUCUCUGUUCCUGUUAAAAUUAGCGAUGAUACAGGAGAUGUUGAGGAGGAAGAUGGAUUAGCUAUUUCGUUUACUGGUAAAAAGAAGUCAUCUAAGAAGAAGGGGAAUGCUAAUAGUGUGUCUGAGGUUUCUGAUACAGUUGAAGAACAACAAUCUAGUAUUCUUGAAGCUAAUGUUACUCAGGUUAAUAAGAGUGAAGAGGCAGCAGAGACUUCAAAGAAUAAGAAGAAGAAGAAGAAUAAGAGUGGAAGGACUGCUCAAGAAGAGGAGGAUUUGGAUAAGAUUCUUGCAGAGCUUGGGGGAGGGCCACCUACGGAGAAGCCUUCUGCACCUCCUCCACAAGAGGAGAGCGUUCAGAUUAAGCCUGAACCAGUUGCACCAGCGGAUGAGAAGGAAGGUGAAGAAGAAAAAGAAGAGUCUGCUGCAGCAAAGAAAAAGAAAAAGAAGAAGGAGAAGGAGAAGGAGAAGAAAGCAGCAGCUGCUGCUGCUAAGGAAGAAAAAAUCGAAGAAGCAAUGGAAAUAAACGAAUCAAAAAAGAGUGAUGCAAAAAGUAAAGCUGCAGAGAAGAAAGUGCCUAAGCAUGUUAGAGAGAUGCAAGAGGCAAUUGCUAGGCGAAAAGAAAUGGAGGAGAGGAAGGCUAGGGAAGAAGAAGAGAAGAGGAGGAAGGAAGAGGAGGAAAGGCGCAGGCAAGAAGAGCUUGAGAGGCAAGCGGAAGAGGCUAGACGUAGGAAGAAGGAAAGGGAAAAGGAGAAACUCUUGAAGAAGAAACAAGAAGGUAAACUCUUAACAGGAAAGCAGAAGGAAGAACAACGCCGGUUAGAGGCUAUGAGGAAUCAAAUACUUGCUAAUGCUGGUAUUAGUAUUCCUGCAAUAGACAAAGAAGGUGCACCAACAAAAAGGCCCAAGUACCAGACUAAGAAGUCAAAGCCAGCUCAUCAUCAUGCUAACGGUGCUGCUACAGCUAAGAUGGAGGAAAUUAUAGAAGUUAAAGAAAUAGAGCAAGAACAACCUGAUGCUGAGCCUGAGGUAGAAUCCACAGAACCAGAAAGGGUUGAAGAAGAGGAAUCAAUAAAUGUGGAAGAGAAACCAGGAGCUGUUAUUGGAGCUGAGGAGAAUGGAAUGGAGGAAGAUGAGGAUGAGGAGGAAUGGGAUGCAAAAAGCUGGGAUGAUGUUAAUCUUAAUGUUAAGGGUGCUUUUGAUGAUGAGGAGAUUGAUUCUGAGCCUGAAACUGUCCCAAAGAAAGAGACAAAAUCUACUGCUUCUCGCACUGCAGUUCCUCCUGCAGCUGCCAAGCCUGCAGUUGCAGCCAAAACCUCUAUUCCCUCACAACAAGCAAAACCUCUAGAUGUUGAAAAUAAAAAACCUCAACCUGAGUCUGACAUUACUGACAAAAGUAGGAGAAAAGAUGCUGCUGGAAAAAAUAAAACACCAACACCUGAUGCCGCUCCUGAACAGGCUGAAAAUCUUCGUUCCCCUAUAUGUUGUAUCAUGGGUCAUGUUGAUACUGGCAAAACCAAGCUCUUGGAUUGUAUCCGAGGUACUAAUGUUCAGGAAGGUGAGGCAGGGGGUAUAACACAACAAAUUGGUGCAACAUAUUUUCCUGCUGAGAACAUUAGAGAGAGAACCAGGGAGUUGAAAGCUGAUGCAAAAUUGAAGGUCCCUGGUCUGUUGGUUAUUGAUACACCUGGACACGAGUCAUUUACUAAUCUACGAUCAAGGGGUUCAGGUUUGUGUGAUAUUGCAAUCUUGGUUGUUGACAUUAUGCAUGGCUUGGAGCCACAAACAAUUGAAUCACUCAAUCUCCUGAGGAUGAGGAAUACAGAAUUCAUUGUUGCGUUGAAUAAGGUGGACAGACUCUAUGGAUGGAAAGUUUGUCGCAAUGCACCAAUAGGGAAGGCACUGAAGCAACAGUCAAAAGAUGUUUUAAAUGAAUUCAACAUGAGGCUUACACAGAUUAUAACUCAGUUCAAGGAGCAAGGGUUAAAUACUGAACUGUACUACAAAAACCGGGAAAUGGGAGAAACUUUUAGUAUUGUCCCUACAAGCGCUAUUAGUGGAGAAGGAAUUCCUGAUUUAUUAUUGUUACUGGUUCAAUGGACUCAGAAAACCAUGGUUGAAAAGCUUACAUUUAGCAAUGAAGUGCAGUGUACAGUGUUGGAGGUUAAGGUUAUCGAAGGUCAUGGAACAACAAUUGAUGUUGUGCUGGUCAACGGUGUACUUCAUGAAGGAGAUCAAAUUGUUGUUUGUGGCUUGCAGGGGCCCAUUGUUACAACAAUUCGAGCUCUUCUGACACCCCAUCCAAUGAAGGAAAUCCGAGUUAAGGGAGCUUACAUACACCACAAGGAAAUCAAGGCUGCACAGGGUAUCAAGAUUACUGCACAGGGUCUUGAGCAUGCUAUUGCCGGCACAGGUCUAUAUGUGGUAGGACCUGAUGAUGAUUUGGAAGAUGUCAAGGAAGCAGCAAUGGAAGACAUGAGGUCUGUCAUGAGCCGGAUUGACAAGAGUGGUGAGGGAGUCUAUGUUCAGGCAUCUACCCUGGGCUCACUGGAAGCGUUGCUGGAGUUUUUGAAGUCUCCAGCAGUGAGCAUUCCUGUUAGUGGCAUAGGCAUAGGCCCAGUACACAAAAAGGAUGUUAUGAAGGCCAGUGUGAUGAUUGAGAAGAAGAAGGAGUAUGCCACUAUCUUGGCAUUUGAUGUCAAAGUGACACAAGAAGCUCGAGAACUUGCAGAUGAAAUGGGUGUGAAGAUCUUCAUUGCUGACAUCAUCUAUCACUUGUUUGAUCAAUUCAAGGCUUAUAUUGACAACCUCAAGGAGGAAAAGAAGAAAGAAGCUGCAGAUGAAGCGGUCUUCCCAUGCAUUCUUAAGAUUUUACCGAAUUGUAUUUUCAACAAGAAAGAUCCAAUUGUCUUGGGAGUUGAGAUUGAGGAGGGAAUAGCCAAGAUUGGGACUCCAAUUUGUGUUCCUAAUCGAGAUUUCAUCGACAUUGGCCGAAUUGCUUCCAUUGAGAAUAAUCAUAAGCCUGUUGAUUAUGCUAAGAAGGGCCAGAAGGUAGCUAUUAAGAUUGUUGGCAGCAAUUCUGAGGAACAGCAGAAAAUGUUUGGCAGGCAUUUUGAGAUUGAUGAUUUACUCGUGAGCCAUAUUUCAAGGAGAUCAAUUGAUAUUCUUAAAGCCAAUUAUCGGGAUGAUUUAUCGAUGGAUGAGUGGAAGCUGGUGGUCAGACUGAAAUCUGUUUUCAAGAUACCAUAAGUAUAGAUGUAUACAUGAUUGGCUGGGCAUUUUCACAAGUACUUCAAAUGAGCUUAUGAUGAUUUGCAGUAUCUGAUGUAAAGACGCAGAGGUUUCUUUGAGGGACAAGGUUCGAUCAUCGAGUCAUACAUACUGUUGUCGCUGGGGAUAUUAAACAUUAUAAAUGAGAAUGUGGCGGUGAUGGAAAGCUACUCCCAGUUUCUCUUGCAUGAAAGUUCCAUAGAAUAAGAAAAAAAUAUCUGUUGCAGGAAGAGGUAGAUCCUUUGUCUGAAUCGAUGGAAUGGGAAUGCUAUUUUUGGUACGUCACUGCAUUUCGAGAUGUUCUUUUUAUUUUCUGCUGGUAUAGUGAGCUCUGACUAAGCUAGAAAUUAGAGGGAUAUAAAGCUAUGAGAAGAUAUUCUGUAUCUUUUACUGGAAAAUUUUGGAGUUCCAUUAACAAAUUCUUUUCUUGGUAUUAAGCGGUGAAGCAUUAUAAAUAUUUUCUUAGCUAUUUGCAUCAUAUCAAAUUGUGUGUAUUGUUUAACAGAAUGAACCCUUUUUGAUAAUUCUCCCUCGGUGAUGUUGCUUGGCUACCUCCCAUUUUGAAAAAUGUAUCCCUUUUUGGAACGCUAUUCACUAGGGUGCUACUAAAUUGCUCACUCUUAUUUUUUCCUUUUCCAAGUUACAUUUGUAAAUGCCCUUUAUUUUAGUUU